AUGCGCCGUCCGCUGAUUGCGCUCGAACUCGCAAGCCUUUUCCAGCUAGUGGUUGUUGUCAUCGCAAGACAAGAUUUUCAUCCACUACUCGAAGCACCGCUGAAUUUGCCCGGUGUCCGACUACGCCUAUUUCCUUCCGGUGUUUCUUACCUCUCUCAGGUUGCCAACAAUAUCCUUGCCGAGCAGCUGCCUCGUAUCAACAUUCCCAAUGUGGAACAUCGCCUACCUGGCGACCAGGGAGCCAUCUUCAUAUCACGAAUCAAGAUCUCAAGGUUCCGACGAGCUGAAAUUCAAGAUGUAACGACGUCUGCUCCAAACCGAAUUUCUUGGAUCAUGAAAAAUCUCGACCUAGGAUUUAUUGGAGAUUUAAGCGGAGCUGUUAAUAUCGUUGUCCCAUUCAACUUGACAGGCCAAGCAGAAGUGCAAGCUGAAGGACUGAGUGUCCAGCUGGACAGCGCAAUGGAACGUGGCCCCAAUGGCUCCGCUCAUAUCAGUUCCAUCGCCUGCCACUCGACGAUUCGCGCAGUCGACGUCGUAAACCACAAUGGGGGACUGUUUGGAUUGGCUGUCACAGUGUUUAAGCAAGGAGUCUCUGACAACGUCCGGCUAAUGUUGCAGGGGCUUAUUUGCAAAAAAGUCCGCAAAUACCUCGACGAGGAUUUGAAUGAAAAGCUGGCUGAAGUGCAAACGCGCAGUCCACUGAGUGAGGCGAUUGAAACGAAUGCCAUACGGGCAACGAAACUAUCAAAGGCCGUCGGAGGGGCAACGCUGGGCAGUCUGCUUGGGAAGAGCAUAUCCAAGGAGUUCUACAUCGACUUCAGACUCAGAGAAGAUCCAUUCUGUGGCACGAAUAUGGUGGAUCUUGCAUGCGCAGGUGAAAUUUCGUACAAAGGUCUAGGCGGGACUCCCUUCGGACCACCGCCGAUCGCAUGGCUUCGUACUCAAUCGGAUACUCACAUGUUGAUGCUGCAGAUUUCUGACUAUCUGCCGAACUCGCUCUUCUACCAUGCUCACAAGCAGCGACUCAUUCGUCUUCAUCUGUCACCGUCCUCGCCCGGAGUGUCACAAUUUCUUCAAACUUCAUGCGAGAACUCAUUCUGUAUCGCAGAUUUGGUCCCUCAACUGGCUGAAACCUAUCCCAACCAUACGCUUGAGCUCUCCCUCGCUUCUACUCGAGCACCAGCUGUACUAUUUUCCGAGAAGAAGGGAGGUGUUAUUUCGGUGAGCUUGGGUGGAGUGGUGGUGGUGUUCGUUUUUGACGGCGUACGUCGAAAACAAGCCGCUGUACUGGACGUCGAAAUAGUGGCCGACGCAAAAUUGAAUUUGCAGGAUCGGACAGUGAGUGGAAGUGUGCAGUUGACCAAGUUCGAGCUGUCGAGUCGUUCCGGGACGGUAAAGAUUUCGAGGGACGAGCUUUCCGACAUCUCCAUUCUCGUGUCCCAAAUGAUCGAAAACAUGCUGAAUGAAAUGCUUACCAAUGGGUUUCCACUACCACUGCCACAUGGUGAGUAG